GCAGCUGGACUCUAUGUGCAAUACUAUAUGUAACUAUUGGUGUUGUACCCAAAGCCCAACCCAAAAAGGUAAAAUGUUGGCAGCAUUCUUUGAUAAACCUGGAGGCCCAGAAAAUCUGUACAUUAAAGAAGUUUCCCGACCUAUCCCAAAGGAAGGAGAGGUUCUGGUACAAGCCCAUGCAAGUGCCCUGAACCGUGCAGAUUUAUUACAGAGACGGGGAAUGUAUGCGCCACCCCCUGGUGCCAGUCAGAUUCUAGGUCUGGAAGCUGCGGGUAUAGUGGUGGCACUUGGUCCGGGGGUUGAUGGACAGUGGAAGGUUGGAGAUCGUGUCAUGGCACUUCUUGCUGGAGGGGGUAAUGCUCAAUAUGUGUCAGUGCCUGCAUGUCAGCUCAUUCCGAUCCCCCAAGGCAUGAGUGACACUGAUGCUGCUUCCAUUCCUGAAGCCUGGCUCACUGCCUUCCAGCUUUUGCACUUUGUAGGUAAAGUUCAGAAAGGGGAGACUGUGCUGAUACAUGCCGGUGCCAGUGGUGUUGGUACAGCUGCCAUCCAGCUAUGCCGCUUGGCUGGAGCAAUCCCUAUGGUAACAGUAGGUUCCUCGGAAAAAAUAGAAAUUGCCAAGAAACUUGGAGCUGCAGCUGGUUUCAAUUACAAAGAAGAGGAUUUUGGGAAAAAAUGUCUUGAGGCCACAAACAAUGUCGGUGCAGAUAUUAUUUUAGAUUGUGUGGGGGCCAUGCACUGGCAGAAGAACUUGGAAUGUCUGAACACUGAUGGCCGCUGGGUGGUCUACGGGCUCAUGAGCUCUGGUGUGAUAAAUGGAGACCUGUUGGCAAAGCUGCUGUGGAAAAGAGGAAGCCUUCUUGGAAGUCUCUUAAGAUCUCAAUCUAGUAAAUACAAAGCCAAGCUGGUGAAGGCGUUUACAGAGCAAGCUCUGCCUUACUUUGCCACUGGAGGUCCCAUUCAUCUACGGCCGAUAGUGGACAGUGUAUACCCUCUGGAGAAAAUCGUUGAUGCCCACCAGCGCAUGGAAGACAACAAGAACAUGGGCAAAAUCGUCCUUCAAAUUCCAGAGUAAUGAGAAAAUGAUGCUGGAUGUAGGAAUAGGGUCGGCACUGGCACACACGUGGUGCUCGAGGAUGGAGAGCCAAUAUAGGGAAGUGAAAAGAAAUCCUGGCACUCACAAUUUAAUGAUUUAAUCUUGAAUCUCACGCGUCACAACUUUGGAAUAGAUGCAUAUGUGUGAAUAAACACUAAGGCCGCGUUCACACGGCGGAAAAUCCGCCUAUCUGCAUGAAUUCUGCAUCUGCAUUGGUUCGAUGCAAAAUUCUGCAGAUUCUGAACACAUGCAGAAUUCCGCAUGAUUCCGCAUCUCGUUACAUUACUCCGCAGCCACCCGGGACUCCUGCAGUACUGUUCCAUGAUGGGAGCUGUAGUAGGAGAGACGGCUCCUGUCGGGGAAGAAGGCGACAUUGCGCCAUUGCUCUAUGAAGAGCUAGAAUCUGCUCAGUAUAACUUUAAAAACCCCACAAGGAGCCCUGACAGGCCACUUGGUGCUGGCCAUUCAGGGCUCCCAGCAGGGUAUUUGAAUUAAAAGUUAUGCUGAGGAGCGGAGCGGUGACAUGCUCCCCACUCCCCAGGUUAAUAACUUAUGAUCACAGUGGGUCAUAGAAUUGAGACCAGAUGCAAUCAAUCCCUUAGCCCUUGUACUACUACCCCCAACAUGGAAUAGACUGUUCCAUGAUGAAAGUAGUAGUACCAGUGCUACAGUUAUCUCUCCAGCCACUCACUGACUACCACAGGCAGGGGAACUACUACGCUCAUCAUGGAAACUAGUCUGUUCCAUGAUGGGUGUAGUAGUUCCCCAGCUGCUUCGGUCUGUGGGCAACAGUAGGAAAAAAAAGUGUCAAUUUGUGCUGAUUCCGCAUGCAUUCUGCUGGAAUUCCGAACAAAUUGGGCAAAAAGUCAGCCCUAUUGACUUCAAUGGGAUUCCGCAGUCUCAAAAAAUAUAAGACCAGACUUCUAUUUUUCCGGUGCUGAAAAACAGAAUUUCAGCACCAGAAUUCCGCAUGCACAAAUUCUGCUGUGUGAAUGACAGCGUGGAAUCCCAUUAAAUAUAAUGGGGAAUAAAUUCACGCGGAAUUCCACGUGGAUUUCCCGCAGUGUGAAGAUUCAAGAUUAAAUUGUAAGCCAGGAUUUUUUUUCACUUACCUAUAAUGAUAAAAUGAUGGCUCUGUAGUCAUAGGUCACUUAAGCUUCACUAGCCCAAUAGUUUAUUCUGAUUUGUCUACACAAUUAAAUGCGUAAGGGAAAGGAACAUCAUCCAGAUGAGCUCCUCUAUUAUUCCUUCUGGGAAUGUCAAUUAGUGGGGUCCCAAAAAAGUGUCCAAUCAGUGCUGAGUGGACACAUCUUAUGGGCACGAUAUAGUGCUCUUUCCAAGAGAAAUAACUCAAGAACAAAAUACCUUAUUAUUAACAAAUUGCUCCAUUUUUUUAUUUCAUGGGGUGGGCCCCCCAGUGAUCAACCAUACGGGGCUCCGGCUCUCCUCCUGAAUGGGGCUUGUUCAACCACUGCACACAGCGGGGCUUGUUCGACCACUGCACGAAGCGGGGCUUGUUUGACCACUGCGACGCUAUAUUAAGGUUCAUUUUUGGCAGGGUGAGCUUUAGUUUUUAUUGGUGGAAUUCCGGGGUAGAUUUUGACUUUCUUAUCACUUUUUAAUCCAUGUUUUAGGAGGCAAUUCUGGUUUUGUGUACUUUUCCUCCUACAGCGGUAACAAAACUGGAUAAAUAGCUUUAUAUUGUAAUAAUUUGGAUAUUCAUGAAUGCAGCAAUAUCAGUUGUUUAGAUUUUUAUUUUUUCAUUCUUUUAUUUAAGACUUAUAUUUGUAGAUUGUAUUCAUCAGUACACUGCAAGAUUAAUGUAUUGUGAUUGUACUGCUCAGUACACCGAGGCAUGAUGGCCCUCCAUACUCCCUCUCCAGCAUUAUAACGUACAUGCACAAGUAUCAGGAAGGGUUAAAUAGAGAAGGGAGUGCAGAAAGUAUAGUUACACAGGGGGAAAUUCAUCACUGAUCUACACCUUGUUUGAAAAGUGGGUGGGUUUUAGUAAAAUGUGGUGGGGUCUCACCAACCUACUGAGUUUACUUAAAGUUUUAGCAAAAGUCCAUGCUAGCUCUGAGCUAGACUAGAGUUCACUCAUAGGCGUACAGGGAAGCCACAUACCUGCCCUUAUUUAUCAAAAAGAGAACACUUCUUGAUAAAUCUGGCAAAGGGUUUACUUAUCACCGUUGGAUGAAAUAGCGGUCUUGUUAAACUUCCUCCAUAGUUAGCAUGGUUGAAAUAGGACACAUGUUCAGCCAAGGGAAGGGAGAAGAUGUAGAUAGUAGUCAAAAAAAAAAAUCCACAAAUCUGCUGCCAUAAAGUAAUCUGUGCCUGCAAUUUCUGAUAUGUCUCUGCCUUAUACACAAACUUUUUAUUACCAUAUGACAUCAGAGGGAUAACAUGAAACUCUUGAGCUAGAACAAAAAAUCUAUAACUGGGCCCCACCGACCGGGUGUAUUUAUAAUACUGUGAUCUUCCAUCGUGGUGAGGGGGUCUUUUAGCCUUCUCAGACAUUGGGCCCCAGGUCUGACUGUUACCUCUGCACCAAUAUCUUUACUCCUAUACAUGUCAGUCUGGGUCCAUCUCAUUUCUGUAUACUGUCCACUAUGUGAUGUCUCAUUAUUGAUUAUGUGUUAACAACAAUGGAUUUUCAACAAGGAAAAAUCUGCAGCUUUUUAGUCUCUAGAAUACCUUGUGCAGCAGCUUUAAAGUGACAGGUUGCAGACCACUGCCAUAAAGGCAAGUAACCUCAGCAGUACAGGGUAUUUCUUCCAAUACUUAUAUGAUCAAAAUUGCUUUAAAAAAAAAAAUCGUAUAACUUGGCUUGCAGCCAAUCUAUGGUUUAAGGGAUCAAUAUGGUGACCAUUUUUUAUCAUGUUGCUUAAUUAUAUUGCUUUAAUAAUAAACUGUU